ACGAGCUACUCUUGUUUGCUCGUCAACAAGUUAACCCAUCAGCUUUACAUCAGUAUCAACAAUCAUGGCGAGCGCAUUGCUGCUGGCGGUUGCUGCCGUGAUUGCUCUCGGCGCCGGCCAUGGCGCCGCCUUCGACCCCAACCCUCUCCAAGACUUCUGCGUCGCCGACACGACAUCGAAAGUGCGCGUGAACGGGGUCCCGUGCAAGGACCCGGCGACGGUCACCCCGGACGACUUCUUCUUCGCCGGCGUCGACCGCCCCGGCGGCGCGGCGAGCCGGCGCUACGGGUUCACGGCGCUGCCCGUGCAGAUCCCGGGCCUGAACACGCUCGGCGCGUCGCACGCGCGCGUCGACGUGGCCCCCGGCGGCGUGUUCCCGCCGCACUACCACCCGCGGGCGUCGGAGACGGCGGUGGUGCUGGACGGCGCCGUCUACUUCGGCUUCGUCACGUCGUACCCGGACAACAGGGUCUACGCCAAGGUGCUCCGCAAGGGCGACGUCUUCGCCGUGCCGCAGGGGCUCGUCCACUUCCUCUACAACAACGGCACCGCGCCCGCCGCGCUCUACGCCACGCUCAGCAGCCAGAACCCCGGCCUCGUGCUCCUCGCCGACGCGCUCUUCGGCGCCGGCCUCCCUGACGACCUCCUCGCCAAGACGUUCCUCACCGACCUGGACACUGCCCACAAGAUCGGAGCAAAGUUCCGGUCGUAGGAGAUGACAAUGUUUCUCUAGUUUCCAACUUGUUCAUGUAAUUUGCAAUAAACAUGUGGCCGAUCGAAUCGCGACUGCUUGAAUCAAUGACAACUAGUCAUGCUAAUUUUACA